GGUGAAGCUGAUCGGCACAAUGAAUGGGAUUCACGACAUCCUGAACGUGAUGCAAAAAUUCAGAGACAACAGCCACAUCUGCACGCCGUGCUGUGCCGCUCUCUGGAGCAUCGUCGUCAACAGCUACAAUGCCAAAAUUGCUCAGAGGGAAGGAGCGCUGGACAAAGUGUGCUACGUGCUGGAGUGGCAUCUCCACAACGGGAUGGUGGUUGAGGCAGCCUGCUCAGCACUCUGGGCAUUAGCCUUGGAAGAGCGCCUGACUGAUAGCAAGUCUGAGAAACUGACACUACUCCUGCUCGAAGGGCUUCAUAUCCACCUCCGCAAGAACCUGGUGGUGAAAGUUACCUACCUUUUACUCGCCUGCCUGAUUCACAAGUCAGAACUUGUAGCAUUCAGGAUCCUGGUACCGGAAGAGGAAAAAGAUGGCCUCAGUUCGAUAAUAAGCAGCUACUAUGUUCACCAGGAAGACCCGGAGAUAGUGGAGAACAUCUGUACCCUGUUCUUUGAGUUGGUCCAAUACAAGGAUGUGAAAAUUGAGCUAUUAUCUCAGAACAUCAUGCAAUUGUUGAAUGAAAUCAAAGUGAAAUAUGCUUCCAAUGAGGUAACUCAAAUCUGUGCCAUCUAUUUUUGCCUCCCGCGCUUUUACAUUUUUUUAAUGACAAAGGCUGAUGUGUAAAUCAUAACUUCUCAAGCGAGGCGACUGAGGCCAUUACCGAUUAAAGGGAAUAUCAGCAAAGAUCAGCGCUGUACAUACUGCUUCUUUAUAUGGGGAGCUGCUUCUCUCUGAUGUGCUUUUCCACCGCUGGAGCUCCACUCAAGACUUUUCUUUUCUUCCUUGGCUAGGAAAUUUGCAGCAUCAUAGAAUCCACACUUCUGAGACUGCAGAAUACCCAGACAGAGCUAGACCUGAUGCUGCAAGAUCAGACAGAGAGAGACACAAAUGAGAGUCAAGCAGAGAGCGGUUUGACUGAGGACGGUGUGAGAUACCCAAUUAAGGGUCGGGCAGAGGGAGAUAUAACUGAGGGUCAGGCAGAGGGAGAUAUAACUGAGGGUCAGGCAGAGGGAGGAGUAACUGCGCGUCAGGCAGAGGGAAGAGUAACUGCGGGUCAGGCAGAGGAGGGAGUAACUGCGGGUCAGGCAGAGGGAGGAGUAACUGAGGGUCAGGCAGAGGGAGGAGUAACUGAGGGUCAAGCAGAGGGAGGAGUAACUGAGGGUCAGACAGAGGGAGGAGUAACUGAGGGUCAGGCAGAGGGAGGAGUAACUGAGGGUCAGGCAGAGGGAGGAGUAACUGAGGGUCAGGCAGAGGGAGGAGUAACUGAGGGUCAGGCAGAGGGAGGAGUAACUGAGGGUCAGGCAGAGGGAGGAGUAACUGAGGGUCAGGCAGAGGGAGGAGUAACUGAGGGUCAGGCAGAGGGAGGAGUAACUGAGGGUCAGGCAGAGGGAGGAGUAACUGAGGGUCAGGCAGAGGGAGGAGUAACUGAGGGUCAGGCAGAGGGAGGAAUAACUGAGGGUCAGGCAGAGGGAGGAGUAACUGCGGGUCAGGCAGAGGGAGGAAUAACUGAGGGUCAGGCAGAGGGAGGAGUAACUGAGGGUCAGGCAGAGGGAGGAGUAACUGAGGGUCAGGCAGAGGGAGGAGUAACUGAGGGUCAGGCAGAGGGAGGAGUAACUGAGGGUCAGGCAGAGGGAGGAGUGACUGAGGGUCAGGCAGAGGGGGGAGUAACUGAGGGUUAGAUGGAGGAAGAUUAGGUACCAGUGACCUACACAACAUUG